AUGUCUUCCAAAAGGAAAGCUGAUGAGGAAAAGUUGCGCCGUCGUCGGAUGGUGCGGUUCCGCUUCCGGUGCCUCAUCCGUACGGUCAUGUGCAACAACUACUGGCUGUCGGAGCUCCCAAAACAGGAGCUGGGCGAGAACACCCGGCGGAACAUUGCCAUCAUAACGCGGAGAAAGGGUCGGAAGGGACUGCUGACGAUUAUGGAAAAGGCCAUUAUGAACCAGGAGGCCGCAGAUAGGACUCCGGCCCAGCGAGCUCAACUCUGUGCCAUUUUUGAAAAAUUGGACUGUUUGGCACGGUUUCCGCCGGAGGUCCGUGAAGAGCUGGCCAGCUGUGCCCGCUAUCAGUAUCUGGGCCCGGGACGGAUGGUGCUGCGUGAGGGCCACGAGGCGCACGCGGUUUACUUUGUGCUGAACGGUGAAAUCACGGUCAGCCGGCUGUGGUGGGAUCCGGUCUACAAACGCCACGUUGACGUACCAUGCGGGGUUCGCGUGCCUGGCGAAAUGUUUGGAGAAAUUGCGUUCCUUUACGACUGUCGGCGGACCGCGACCUGCACCACGGCGACGGACACCGAGCUGCUGUGCGUAUUCCGCGAGGACUUUGUGCGGAUUUUGGAGGCAACGCUGCGGCUGCAAUGGGAACUCAUGCAGGAGGCCAUCCGGCGCUUCCAGUACUUUGACCACUGGAGCGAGGAGCAGAUUCGCGAAUGCUGCAUCCUGGCCAAGGUGAACCGGUACGAGCCGCAGCAGCAGAUUGCCGGUGCCGAUACGGGGUUUAACACCGAGUACGCGUAUUUUGUGCUCAGCGGUCAGUGCAUGAUCCUGCAGUGCUUGAAGGUCAAGAAGAAGCGUCGUGGCCGGCGGGACUGCUUUCACCUGCUGCCGAUAGAGGGCAACAAUAUUCAGCUGAAAAUUGCGGAACGGUUGACCAAGAGAAGGGAUUCGGAAGUUUUGGAGUCGGUGAUGCCAUCGAAUCUGAAGGAAUCACUAGCGAACGUGGUUCGGUCGGGGAGUUGUGAGGAUCAGAACGGUGGUCAGGAGUUGAAGCCGGAUGAGUCGCUUGAGCACAUCUUCCUGGACGUGGGAUCGUUCAGCUGUGGAUCGGUGUUUGGGCUUGGGGAAAAGUUUGAGGAUCGCACGAUCGUCGCUCGAAACCACGUGCAGUGUAUGUUGAUACCGCGAUAUUGGUUGUUCAUGAAGAACCAGAACACCGGGAACGUGUGGCAGCGGAUCAAGAUGUACCUGGAGCUGGCGAUCCCAGACCGGGAGAAGCUGUUCAAGCAGUACCUGACCGAUCUAAAUUGGAUGGUGUACCGAAAGCGGGUCGUUACGGAGGUCAUCCAGCGGCAAGGUCGCCACAGUAAUCGUACCCGGUUGGCGGACGUUCCGCUUAUGUGUCGGGUCGAGCAAAAUGGACAACGAAAGUGAGGGAAGCUAAAUUACACAUGAUCAAUAAAGAAGAAGUGGGAAGCAUGAACUAUA